GGUGCAGAAGAGCAGGGCUGCAGGACCUCUGCAGGAGUGCAGAGGUGUACAGACUGGGAGCACAGAGUCACAGGAGCAUGGUGUUGCAGUGCAAGGGUGCACUAGGGUGCCAAGGCCCAGGAGCACAGGGCCAGAGUGCAGGGUACAAGGGUGCUGAGCUGGGCCAUAGGGGCAGUGAGCUGGGGUGCAACGGUGCCAUACGGGGGUGCAACACUGAGGUGCAGAAGUGCUGUACAGGGAUGCCAUACUGGGAUGCUGUGCCAGCGUUCGGGGAUGCUGCACCAGAAUGCAGGGCUGCAGCCUGAGGAGCUCUGCGGUACCGUCCGGCGGGCAGUGGAACGGUGCCGGCGCCCAUGGUGCAAUGCCGGCGGAGGGUGCCAGGGCCCGCUGCGGGCAAGGGCGGCGGCGGCAGCAGCUUGGCCCAGCCCCCAGUGACGCUGCGUGACGUGGGGCCGCCAUAUAGUGGGCGGCGGUGGGACGGGGCACUGCAGUGCGCAGCACCCCAUCCUCUGUGCUCCCGCCGCAGCCAUGAGCACCGGCAUGUACCAGUCCCCCAUGGAGGUUGCUGUCUACCAGCUCCACAACUUCUCCAUCUCUUUCUUCUCCUCCCUGCUCGGGGGGGACGUGGUCUCCGUGAAGCUCGACAACAGGAUCUUGUGAAAAAUCACCUGAUGUAUGCAGUGCGGGAGGAAGUGGAGGUCCUGAAAGAGCAGAUCAAAGAACUGUUAGAGAAAAACUCUCAGCUGGAGCGAGAAAAUAGCCUUCUGAAAACCCUCGCCAGCCCUGAGCAGCUGGAGAAGUUCCAGUCCCGGCUCCCCACAGAGGUGCUGUGCCCAGAGGAGCAGAGCCCAGGGGCGCCAGCCCCGGCUCAGCAUGCCGGGGGCUCUGCGGUAUAAGGUGGCUCUGUCCUUGGGGUGGGCAGAGCCACAGAACUCUUUCUACUUAAUCUCCCGCAAAGUUGUUUCCACCUUCAUCUCACGGAGGACUGCCAAACCUUAGCACUAGCAGCAGUGCUGAGAGGUGCCCCCCAGGCAACCCCGUCCAGACAGUAGAGCCAGCUGCUGUCUCCUGCACGAAGAUGCUCUUCUGCGAGGGAGAUGCGGUGCUGCACCAGCAGCUGACCCCCCCCAGCUGACCUUGCCCUGUGUGCUGGGAAUAAAUCUGUGGCCCGGUUGACCUGCCCUUCCUGGGCUCUGCCGAAACCUGGGAGUCUGCGACACACCGGCAGUGCCAGGUGGCCUUUGGCACAUGCGUGGGAAUACAAGGUUGGAAAGCGCACGCCAAGUCCUGUGCCUUCGCUACACUGUGCAGUGGGGGGGGGCUCUUUCUGGCAAAGACUGAUCUUGGAGGAAGACAAUUGUUUAGUGAGAGAUACAGAUUUGUCCCUCUAGCCACCCAGGAGCAUGCUGGAACCAAAACCUGACUUUAAGCAGCACCGGUGUUGGCCGUUGUGGUAUAGUGCAUGGCUGUACACACAUCAGUGUGGGGAUUACAAGGAAAAGCUUGUUUUAUUAGUUCAGGUAUCUUCUGUAGACAUAUCUAUAUAUAAACACACAUGAAUACAGGUGAGCAGUGCCCACAAGGCUGUGGGAUGCCAUGUGGCCCUGUCCUGGGGCAGAUGUGCCCAUCUCUGUACAGCUGAGAGAUUCGAAUCAAGACUGGAAUGGCACGUGGCUGUAAUUGGGUGGACAAUGCUGCAAGGCUGCUCCCUCGCUGGAGGAGGGAAGGGUUUGCUCCUUCUCCUGUGCCAACUGACACAUGACAUGGAGCAGCUGCAGCAGCAGAAGCAACUGGACCGAAUGCUGGGCAGAGGCAACGGUGGCUGUGGGAUGUGCUCCAGCCCACAGGGCUUGGAGGGAGCGAGCCUACGACUCUGGGUGCUGUGCCUCCCCCAGGCAGCUCUCUGGGAACUAACGGGACGUCCGCUUUGACGUCAGACUGUCAGAGCAGUGACACAGUUGUGUAAAUUUAGGUAGAAAUGGCAAUAAACUCUACUUUUUUAUA